UGUGUAUCCUCAGUGUUUUUCUCUCUUGCGUGUUUCAUUGAGUGUAAACAGAGACUUGUCUCUGUGUAUUGUGUUGAGACGUUGAUGAUGAGAUGUGCUGUAAAUCAGUAUGAACUGAUCUGUCCGUGCUGGAUAUAUUGAUGAUUUCAUCACAGAAAUCUCUCAGCUGAAGAAAGAGGAGAUUUAGCAAUGAAUCGAGAGGAUGUGGAUUGUUGUGAAUCUUCAGUGUAUGUGACUGAUGAUGGGAGUCUGGAUUCAGUGUGGAUGAGCAGAGAUCAGAGCCGCACACCACAGACACUGCUGGACUCUAAACUCUCUGAAGAGAAAUCCAGACACACACAGGACUCCGAUCUCAGUCUGACUUUACUCUCAGAAAUCAAAUCUGAACCCACAGAAAUCAAAACUGAACUCACAGAAAUCAAAACUGAACUCACAGAAAUCAAAACUGAACUCACAGAAGAGGAAGAUUGCAUUGAGGAAGAUGAUGUUUUUAUUUCAUCAGAUGUGAAGAGUGAUUCAUGUUUGGAUAUAGAAAUAACGUCCUCAACAUCAAAAGAGCGACUGACAGCACAAACUCUUUCCUGCAUCACCUGUGGAAAGACAUUCAGCUCACAGAGACUUUUAGAGAGACACGAGAGAAAACACACAGAACAGAAACUCUUCACCAGAUCUGAGAUCAGCUUUACUACCUUACAAGAGAAGAAACUUCAUUCAGAAGACCACAGAGAGAAGAAGAAGAAGAAGAAGAAGAAGAAGAAGCAGUUUCACUGUGAGCAGUGUGGGAAGAUUUGUGUCUCUUCCUAUAAACUAAAUGAUCACAUGAGGACACACAGUGGUGAAAAGCCUUUCAACUGCACUGAAUGUGGAAAAUACUUCAGAACCAAACAAAUUCUUAAAGUUCAUCAAAGAAUUCAUACAGGAGAAAAACCUUUCAAAUGCUCUCAGUGUGAUAAGACAUUUACUUGUUCAGGGAACUUAAAAGUCCAUCAGAGAGUUCAUGAUGGAGGGAAACCUUAUCACUGUAAUGUCUGUGGGAAGAGUUUUAGUCUAAAGGAUUCUUUACGAAGGCACCAGAGACUUCAUACAGGUGAAAAACCUUUUAAAUGCUUUCAGUGUGACAAGACCUUUGCUCAGUCACAUUACUUACAAGCCCAUCAGAGAGUUCAUACUGGAGAGAAACCUUACGUCUGCGCUCACUGUGGAAAGAGCUUCACUAAGUCAUCUCAAUUAAGAGUUCAUCAGAGAGUUCAUACUGGAGAGAAACCUUAUCACUGUAGUGUCUGUGGGAAGAGUUUUAGUGUAAAGGCUACAUUACUAAAUCACAAGAGACUUCAUACAGGUGAAAAACCUUUCAAAUGCUCUCAGUGUGACAAGGCGUUUGUUCAGUCAUGUAACUUAAAAGUUCAUCAGAGAGUUCAUACUGGAGAAAAACCUUGUAGCUGUAGUGUCUGUGGGAAGAGUUUUAGACAACAGGAUGACCUAAUAAUUCACAAGAGAAUUCAUACAGGUGAAAAUCCUUUCAAAUACCCUUAGUUGUGACAUGACCUUUGCUUACUCAGGUUCCUUAAAACCCCAUCAGAGUUCAUACUGGAGAGAAACCUUAACACUGUAGCGUUUGUGGGAAGAGUUUUAGUCACCAGUCAAACUUACUAAAUCACAAGAGAAUUCAUACAGGUAAAACAUUUUUUUCAAAUGCUUUUAGUGUGAUAUGACAUUUACUCUUGUAACGUUACUUACAAGUCCAUCAGAGAGUUCAUACUGGAGAGAAACCUUAUCACUGUAAUGUUUGUGAGAAGAGUUAAUUAACAGUCACACUUUGUAAAGCACCAGUGACAUUUAUCUUUCAAUCAGCCUGUAUUUCAGUCUUUCGACGCAGGCCACAACAAAUUCUCCUUUUAAGUCCCUGGCCAGACCCAUCCAGUCUCUACCAAAGUCUUGUCCGAGUGAGUCCCGCCAUCGUUUUGCGGGGCGGCCAAGCCUUCUUUUGAUGUCGAGUGGCACCUAUUCAGUCAAAGCCCAUGUCCAUCGCCCGUCCGAACUCCUGGCCACGUCUCCGGCCAAGCGCUUCUGGGCCUGUUCGGCCUGGUUGAUGGCAUCCUUGACCUUACUCAUCUUCCUUAGUUGCUGGUGUGAUCCGUCCUCUUGACGCCGACCAUCCGCCGAUCAAGGGCGCGUUCGGUCACUGCCAACUUCUGCUUAUCGGCAGCAGUCAGCGACCAGGUCUAGGCCACAUAAAGCAUGGCUGGUAGGAUGGUGCUAUUGAAAAGGGGUGCGCGUAGGGGUGCGUUAAUGAAAAAGAUCGGUGCUGUUAAAGUCCUUAAAGGGAUAGUUAACGCAAAAAUGAAAAUUCUGUCGGUUUUAACUCUCAAGUUGUUACAAACCUGUACAAAUUUCUUGGUUUUGAUUAACACAAAGGAAGAUAUUUUGAGGAAUGUUCGAGAGUGAAAUACACAGUUGAAAUAACGUUACCCAUAGAAGUACACUAAAUUUUAGUUUCUGUACACUACAUGCUAGGUUAGUAAACCAAGAGACACAGAGAGUAAUGGCGCUUUUCCAUUGCAUAGCACCCCACGGUUUAGUUUAGUUUGGGUCGGGUCAGCUCACCUCACUUUGGCGUGGUUAGCUUUUCCAUCGAGUUUAGUAUCACUUCGGAGUGGGAGGGAUUAUAGGGGUGUCGUUAUAUUUACACCGCCUACUGCUGUGACAUCAUACAAGUGAGAGCGUUGUUGUACAUUCCCAUACAUUCAUUUAUUUCUCAGUCUGCCACAAAAUUAAAAUUGGCCACCACAAAUAGAUGUUUGCACAUCGCGUUUAUAACUACCUCUGUCUCACAUGAACACAGUUUCUGUUCAAACAUCCGACCCGUGGCAUCAGUCGAGGGCGCUCCGCUGAGCCUCAUUCAAGUUGCAUUUAAGCAUAUAUAAUGCGGACGUGCACGUCGCGAAUGUGCCGCCACAAACUGCAAGUCUGGAAAAAACUGUUAUGGUGUUUUUCAUCGCUAAAAGGGUGUUUGGAAACUUAUAUCAGAACACAGAUAACAACAUGUUUGCUUGAGACAGCGCAAGCUAGCAGUAAGCUAAAGCUAAUAUUUACAUUAUAGCAAUGACACUUCUCUUAGACUAAUCAUUGACCUACAGUGUUUUAGCUUCACGUUUGGUAUCAGCUCGGGUCACUUGGAACCCCUACCAAGGUGGUACGAAAAAAAGUAUCGGGUACUAUGUACUGCACCCAAUGGAAAAGCUUCCAAAAGUAAACUGACCAGACCCAAACUAAACCAAACCAAACCGUAGGGUACUAUGCAAUGGAAAAGCACCAUAAGAGAUUUUAACCUCACCAUGUUUAAGUCAAUAAAAACAGAUACCAACAGGGCCGGUGUCUGUAACUUAAGAAAACAAACAUCUGGUUUCCAACAGCUAUUUUAUAAAAACUUGUGGCUACCAAAGACUUUAGUGUUACAACAUGUUAGCAUCACAAAAACAUUUACAAUAUAAUUAUAUUAAUAUUAUUAUAUUAUUUUUUGUUUUCUCUGGCUCCAUAAUGUAACCUAAAAUUAGGGCUGCAUGUAGGGUUGCCAACUUCCCCCUAUUAGUCGGGACGUCCCGUAUUUAGAGACUAAUUUAUUUGUCCCAUACGGGAUGUCCCUCUUUUCAUUUUUGACUGCUACGCUGAUCUAACCAGUGACUGAUACAAUAGGCUUGUUCGACUUUAUGUGGUGCCACAAGAACCGAGCGGCAGAUAACAUCCAAAUCCUGUGAGAGCAAUUUGUGAAAUCAUACAGGGGAGACUGCUAUCGAAAUGCUCUCAUGGUACUUUGAUGUCAUCCACCUGUCAGUUGUUGAAGCGCCCCAAGCAUCAGCCCUGUCUAAAAUGCCUCAAUCUGAAAUGCCCCAAGGCAUUUCCAACCUUGCUAGGAAAUUCUCGCACUUGUGAUUUACAGACUGUAAGUGUGUUUUACUUAAAGUAUUUAAUGUUGACUUGCAUCCAAAGUUAGCCUACGGUAGUUUCCUGACAAUGUCAGAAAUUCAGCAUGAUCAACGCACAGUGUGCUUGCUGCUACGGCCUGCGUACAGGUUUUUGUUUACCACUAGCGCAUACUGGUGAUGCUGCGCUAAUGUGUGACGUAGUCGUCAAAGCCUCCGUGACAUCAUCGUACAGUCUACAUCAGGGUUCCCCAAAUCUUACUCUGGAGGGCCAGAGCACUGCAGAGCUUAGCUCCAACCCUGAUCUCACACACACCUGAGCAAGCUAAUCAAAGUCUUUAUGAUCACUAGAAAAUCACAGUUGGGUAAGUUUAAUUAGGGUUGGACAACGGGCCCUACAGUUACGAGUUGAUGAGCGUGCAUCUGUUACAGCAUGAGAUGCAGAGCGCGAGUCACGUGACUGGUGCGAGCAGCUGUGUCACGUGUUUAUAUUCGCGCUUUGGUCCAACGCGAGCCGCUCGCGCCCGCAUAUCAAGACGCGCUGACUGACAGUGUUGAGACCACGGACUCUAUGGCUGUUUUAACUUCUUGUAUUUCCAUCUUACAAAACCGCCUUUUCUGACAGUUGUUGUUUUAUAUGUCGGCUCAAUGAUGACUUGCUUAUCCACAAUGCAUUAGAUAUCUUAAUAAAGGAAACGCAUUAAAACGAUUAGUAACAGUUAAUCACCCAUCGCGCCCAACACCUGCACCACUGAACGCGUAUCUACUGACAAACAUACACCUGAUUUUACUGCUCUAACGAAAUCUAAAAGUAUAAUUUCUCUUAUUAGAAGCUAGACCAGGGAUGGGCAACUUUGAUAAUGAAGAGGGCCAGCAUUUUUUUCCUUUAUACCAAGGGGGCCAGAACCACACGCACAAUUUACAUCAUUCUUAAUUUUCUUUAUUAAGAAACCACAAUAAUACAAUUAACCUGUCUUUAAAGAUUUUAACUAUAAAACUUAGCAAUUAUGCUAAUUCUGAAUCAUAACUUUAUUUUCAGUGGACAAGCAUUUUAGAUAAAACUUCUUAACUGCAUUGCUUUAAUAUCUGUAACAAGCAAGGCACUUUUAAAUUAGUACAGAGGAGUUUUUCAUCCCGCCCUUAGAGAACAAAAUUAUUUGAAAUAAAUAAUACAUAAAUACAAAACAAAAAAAA